AUGGUGGGUCCCACUCUCUACCCGCGGUCCGGGUCUGCUUGGCCUACUGCACUGCUCAAUGGUGAUGGGAAGGAGAUGAGUGAGAUAGAUGGAGAUGUGGUUGGAGAAAAUGGUGAGGCUCAUCAGGACACUGUUCACAAGUCUGCCAUACGGACAGAGGAGCGAGACGUGGAGAUCGCACCAGGGGAGAAGGUAUCUGUGAAAGUGGGCUGCCGAGCCAAGUAAGUCAUGCUUAGCUAGCUGCUACAACAUAAGUCUGAUAUAGUCAUCUUUUUCUGGUGGUAUCACUAUUAUCUGACUGAAUCCAUUUCUUCUGAAGAUUCAGGUUUUUAAAACAAUGAUUUAUGUAUCCCUCCAUCCUACCCUAGGAACUUGGGGCGUUGUGCAGAGCUGCUGCUCCUGCACUUCCCCUCUUUCACCAUCGGGAGGCGUCUGGAGGUCACAGUAGGCAGUAAAGAGGAGAGUAUUCUCCAGCCCUAUGCUCCCUACUGCCCGGCAGCCCCACUGCCCCUUCCUCAGGCUACCCAGGUGGUCACUGUGAUGGCUGCACAUCCACCUAAACGGUAAACUACACCCUGAUAGUGUCUCGGUUCUGUAUUGUGAAGUAUGUUCGGCCUACCUGCUAACCACAUUUCCCUAUAGAAUAAUGAAGAUCACCUUGACUUGUUGGUGACGCUGUCCACCAACGUUCUCUCUAUAAUCAGAAACGUUUUUCGCCUAACCUAGUUACUCUACCCAUGUCAGACAUGUUGAAUGAUGACAGUUUGUUCCACAUUGUUGAAUUACACCUCUCCUGUGUAGCUAGAUAGUCACUAGCCUAUGACUUUCUAUUCUUGUUUUUUAUUUCACAGGCUAACUAAGCGCCACCUGCCUAACUUCCUGAGUAACUACCCAGUGCCCCAGGCUCUACGGGACUGUAUGGAGGCCGACAGUGAUGUUUUGGUGGCCCAGCCAUGUCUAGGAGAGGUAAGGGAACCACAAGUUAACUCAGAAUCAAGUCUUCUAUCAUCAAUGGAAUGCUUUGUUUCCUCCAGCCUAUAGGAAUUGGGCUCCAAUUGAUUUAGAUGGGAAAGUCUUAUAAAGAGGCUCUGGAUUUUGAUAUGGGGGCCUUUGCGCUUCCACUGUAAAAUAAUGGAUUAGCUUCUCUCUCUCCCUCGCUGUCUGCCAGACUCUGUCGGCGGCCAACAUGCAUCUCCGUUUCUCGUCCCUGCUGUGGCUGGAGGAGCUACAGGCUGAGAGGGAGCUCAGGGAGUUCAGCAUCUGUGGAGCCCUCCUCAGGAGAGGUGCUAUCUAUCUGCACCUAGAGGUGCUGGGCCUGGCUGAGGGCAGGCCCAGUCUCUUCAUAGGUAGGUGUUGACUCUUAAUUAUGGCUUGGCUGCUACACAUAUGACAUACCCUAUUGUAACAUGAGACAUGUAAUAAUAAUAAUAAGAUGUUUGAUUGUCACACACACAAGAUAGGUGCAGUGAAAUGUGGUGUUUUACAGAGUCAACCAUACUUGAAUUGAGAUGUUAGAUAUAGUGUUUUGUCUUCUCUACAGGUGACAGAGUGGCACUGAAGAAGCCAAUCAGUGGAGGCGUGGUGAUGGAGUACAUCGGUUAUGUCACAGAGGUACUCAGAGGUUUCGAUCUUCUUAGAGUUUUGCUUGUAGCUCUGAUGUUUCUCCUUGUGCUUUGUUCACAUUGACCUGAACACUGUUUGUGGACCAUAUCCACAGAUCAGUGACGAGGACGUGAGUCUGAGGGUGAACACUGAGUUUCAGCAUGGCUACCUGGGAGAGCCUCUAGAUGUUGAGUUCACCUUCAACAGGUACCUGUCUUGUCCUGGUUCUGGGAAGGAUCCUUUCUGUGUCACUACCAAAGUGUUGAUCUCUGUUCCUUCAGCUCAGAUAAAGUGUGACAGUUUGACAGUAUAUGGAUUAUGCAUGAUGAUGUUUGUGUUGACAGUAUAUGGAUUAUGCAUGAGGAUGUUUGUGUUGACAGGUUGACAGUAUAUGGAUUAUGCAUGAGGCUGUUUUUGUUGACAGUAUAUGGAUUAUGCAUGAGGAUGUUUGUGUUGGCAGGUUGACAGUAUAUGGAUUAUGCAUGAGGAUGUUUGUGUUGACAGGUUGACCAUGAGGAGAUGCCAUUUAGCACUGGACCAGAGCAAGCACUUUCAAGAGAAUGGUGAUCUUGGCUUUUUUUAUCUCAAUCCCACUUCCAAUAUAUUUUGUAUUUAGUCAACUAUUUCUUCUUCUCUUCUCUCUCCCUAUCCCCAACCCCUGAUACGUUUAUUUCCUGUCUGGUCUGGUCCACCCCUGAUUGUGCGUCCUCUCCUCUCUUCCCAGUGUUCUUCCCCAAAGCCGUGAUGCUUCAGGCCCCUCUAUGGACGGGAGAGUGGGGUCCAGAGGUGGUGAAAGAGGGGACCCCCACAACCGAUGGGGUGAAGCUGUCAAGCGUCUCCGUUGACAUGGUCUCAAAGUCCACACAAACCAAACCAGGUGAUAUAAGCAUUGGGACUCCUUCAUUCCGACAGCACAGAGAUUCUCUAUAUACUACAGCUGCUGAAGUGUCAUAAACCUAAAUGGCAUUAGAACUCAUGUCCUAACUACGACAGUUCAGUACAUUUGUGAGACAGAAUGAAUGAUGAAGGAUGGAGGGGAAUGAGUAUUAAGCCUCUUUCAUUCUCUCAGAUUCCAGGCUGCCAUCUAAACCCAUCCCUAACCCAGGCCAGUUAUUCAAUCAGCAGCUGAACCCGUGUCAGAGGGAGGCAGUGAAGCGUAUCCUGGCAGGGGAGUGUCGGCCCACUCCGUACAUCCUGUUUGGACCGCCAGGGACAGGAAAGACGAUCACCCUCAUAGAGUCCAUAUUACAGGUAGACACCCCUCAACCUGGGAGGUAGCCUAGCGGUUAAGAGCGUUGGGCCAGUAACCAAAAGGUCGCUGGUAUGAAUCCCCGAGCCGACUAAGUGAAAAAUCUGUCGAUGUGCCCUUGAGGAAGGCACUUAACCCUAAUUGCUCCUAUAAGUCACUCUGGAUAAGAGCGGCUGAAUGUCAAUGUAAACCCAAUGGAUAUCAAAUUGUAUUUGUCACAUGCUUUAUAAACAACAGGUGUAGACUAACAUUGAAAUGCUUACUUACGGCCCCUUCCCAACAAUGCAGAGAAAAAUUAACAACCAGUUUUGAUGAGCAGGGUUUGCACUUUUAGUAUGUUCCAUUAAUUCCAUUGCAUCUGGCAAGCUCGAUCAAGGUUCUUGCAUUUGGUUAUUUACAACAGUCUCCCUAAUUUUAGUUCCCUGAAUAAAUAAUAGUGGCCUCCUCCCAUAGGUGUAUCACCGCUUGCCCAGUAGUCGUGUGCUGGUGUGCACUCCCUCCAACAGUGCUGCAGACCUCGUCUGUAUCCGGCUCCAUGAAAGUGGGUACCUGAACGCUUCCAGCCUGGCCCGCGUCAAUGCCUCCUGUCGACAGGAAGAGGUACUGCACCCAUUGCCGCCUCAGGAAUUUCAUCAGUCCUAUUUUUUUCUACCAGUUAGUGCCUCUGUCUGUAUCGCAUUGCCCUCUGUAUCUCCAUAGGCCAUCCCAGAGGUUCUAAGGCAGUACUCUCAGGCUGGGGAGGACAUCCGACACGCCUCCUUUCACAGGAUUGUGGUCAGCACCUGUUCCAGCGCUGGCAUGUUCUACCAGAUUGGACUGCGGUGAGGGAGGGAGGGUAAUAGGGCUCAAUGUGAACCUCCCUCACCAGAGCUCUAAGAUCAUUGUCUCUUUGCUUUGUUUCUGCAGGGUGGGUCAUUUCACCCAUGUGUUUCUGGAUGAGGCUGGCCAAGCCACGGAGCCAGAGGCACUGGUACCCCUGGGGCUUCUGUCAGAGCGAGACGGACAGGUUAGAUUGAACACCGAGUGCAUCUACAACCACAAUACAACCCUGCUAAAUGACUUAAACGUUAAAUGUUACUUCAGAAAAAAAAACAUUGCACAUACAGUGAGGGGAAAAAAGUAUUUGAUCCCCUACUGAUUUUGUACGUUUGCCCACUGACAAAGAAAUGAUCAGUCUAUAAUUUUAAUGGUAGGUUUAUUUGAACAGUGAGAGACAGAAUAACAACAAAAAAAUCCAGAAAAACGCAUGUCAAAAAUGUUAUAAAUUGAUUUACAUUUUAAUGAGGGAAAUAAGUGUUUGACCCCCUCUCAAUCAGAAGGAUUUCUGGCUCCCAGGUGUCUUUUAUACAGGUAACGAGCUGAGAUUAGGAGCACACUCUUAAAGGGAGUGCUCCUAAUCUCAGUUUGUUACCUGUAUAAAAGACACCUGUCCACAGAAGCAAUCAAUCAAUCAAUCAGAUUCCAAACUCUCCACCAUGGCCAAGACCAAAGAGCUCUCCAAGGAUGUCAGGGACAAGAUUGUAGACCUACACAAGGCUGGAAUGGGCUACAAGACCAUCGCCAAGAAGCUUGGUGAGAAGGUGACAACAGUUGGUGCGAUUAUUCGCAAAUGGAAGAAACACAAAAGAACUGUCAAUCUCCCUCGGCCUGGGGCUCCAUGCAAGAUCUCACCUCGUGGAGUUGCAAUGAUCAUGAGAACGGUGAGGAAUCAGCCCAGAACUACACGGGAGGAUCUUGUCAAUGAUCUCAAGGCAGCUGGGACCAUAGUCACCAAGAAAAUAAUUGGUAACACACUACGCUGUGAAGGACUGAAAUCCUGCAGCGCCUGCAAGGUCCCCCUGCUCAAGAAAGCACAUAUACAGGGCCGUCUGAAGUUUGCCAAUGAACAUCUGAAUGAUUCAGUGGAGAACUGGGUGAGUGUUGUGGUCAGAUGAGACCAAAAUCGAGCUCUUUGGUAUCAACUCAACUCGCCGUGUUUGGAGGAGGAGGAAUGCUGCCUAUGACCACAAGAACACCAUCCCCACCGUCAAACAUGGAGGUGGAAACAUUAUACUUUGGGGGUGUUUUUCUGCUAAGGGGACAGGACAACUUCACCGCAUCAAAGGGACGAUGGACGGGGCCAUGUACCGUCAAAUCUUGGGUGAGAACCUCCUUCCCUCAGCCAGGGCAUUGAAAAUGGGUCAUGGAUGAGUAUUCCAGCAUGACAAUGACCCAAAACACACGGCCAAGGCAACAAAGGAGUGGCUCAAGAAGAAGCACAUUAAGGUCCUGGAGUGGCCUAGCCAGUCUCCAGACCUUAAUCCCAUAGAAAAUCUGUGGAGGGAGCUGAAGGUUCGAGUUGCCAAACGUCAGGCUCGAAACCUUAAUGACUUGGAGAAAAUCUGCAAAGAAGAGUGGGACAAAAUCCCUCCUGAGAUGUGUGCAAACCUGGUGGCCAACUACAAGAAACGUCUGACCUCUGUGAUUGCCAACAAGGGUUUUGCCACCAAGUACUAAUUCAUGUUUUGCAGAGGGGUCAAAUACUUAUUUCCCUCAUUAAAAUGCAAAUCAAUUUAUAAAAUUUUUGACAUGCGUUUUUCAGGAUUUUUUUGUUGUUAUUCUGUCUCUCACUGUUCAAAUAAACCUACCAUUAAAAUUAUAGACUGAUCAGUUCUUUGUCAGUGGGCAAAUGUACAAAAUCAGCAGGGGAUCAAAUACUUUUUUCCCUCACUGUAACUGACAGAAGACACUGCAUUUUGUAGCCUCCUGAUCAAGAAGUGAGUAAUAUUUUAUGUUGCUCCCGCCACUUUUUAGAUAGUUUUGGCCGGAGACCCCCGGCAGCUGGGACCAAUUGUGAAGUCCAAGCUUGCGCAGGCGUUCGGCCUGGGGGUGUCCCUGCUGGAGAGACUGAUGGCUAACCCUCUGUACUCCAGAGUGAAUGGAGGAUACAACCCAGUGCUGGUGAGUGUACAUACACACACUCCCUGUCAGUGCCAUGAUCACUAAAAUCCUGCAUAGUGAAUCCACCAACUAUGAAUACAAAUUCUGCAUAUUUUUCGACAUAAUGUUUUGUCUUGCAUUGUAAUAUUAUAGAAUAAUAUAUGCCAUUUAGCAGACUGUUUUAUAACUUAGUCGUAUGUGCAAACAUUUUAUGCAUGGAUAGCCCCAGCAGAAAUCAAGCCCACGACCCUUGGUGUUGCAAGCACCAAGCUCUACCUACUGAGCCACACAGGACUGCAUGGUAAAUGGAUGCUAUCACAGUUGAUGCAUUUUCCUGGUGUCCUUUCUUCUUCCUCUUCCAGGUGACCAAGCUGGUGUAUAACUACCGUUCCCACGAGGCCAUCCUGGCCCUGACCUCUAGACUGUUCUACAAUGGGGAACUUUGUGUCAGGGCCCAGAGGUCCGUAGUGGACUCCCUCUGUCACUGGAGCCGUCUGCCAACCAAGGGAUUCCCCCUAAUCUUCCACGGAGUCAGGGUAAGGAUUCCAUCUCUUGCUCUCUAUCUCUCCAAUCAAUCAGUCAAAUGAAUUUAUAAAGAGGAAGCCGACAAAGCAGGUCCGGGACAAGGUAGCAUGACCGGUGAACAGGUCAGGGUCCCAUAGUCGCAGGCAGAACAGCAGAAACUGUCCAAAAUGAACUUUCUCAGUAGUCUCAUCUUUACAUACUCGUGUCCUCUCCUCCUGUCCUCUUCCAGCCUCUUUCUCAAACAAUCAGCGUUUCCUCUCCUUGCUUACCUCUGACAUUGAGAACAUUUUGAGAAAUAUGGGUUUUCCUCUUUGGUCGGCACAGAACUUAGACGUCAAACACCAAUAAUGCCAGUCAUCAUUCCCCCUCUCAGGGCACAGAGAUGAGGGAGGGCAACAACCCGUCGUGGUUCAACCCUGGAGAGGCGGUACAGGUGAUGCUGUACUGCUGCCAGCUGGCCAAGAAGCUCUACAAUCCUGUAGCUGCUAGUGAUAUUGGCAUCAUCGCCCCCUACAGGAAACAGGUUAGUAGUGCACAUGUUGGCCAUCAACGGUUGGUCCUAUCCUGUUUUGUAACUCUGCUAGUUUUGCUGUUAACCCCCCCGUAGAGUCUAAGCCUCUAGAUGGUGGUAUCUACUAAGCUAACAUUUUAAAAGGCCACAAAAACAUAAAAAGUGAAUAAUUCUGUCACAAGUAGUACAGUGCUCCCUUUUCCUUAACCCUGAACACCGGUCUGGACACCUGAACCAUGAACCUACUCUCCUCUCCAGUCGGAGAAGAUCCGUGUGCUGCUCCACAGGGUGGGCCUGUCUGACAUCAAGGUGGGCUCUGUGGAGGAGUUCCAGGGACAGGAGUUUCUGGUUAUCAUCUUGUCCACGGUAACGUUCCAAUCCUUCCUCUGUCCUACUCAUUAUUGAACUCUUUGACUCAUUUCUCCCUUUACAGGAUUUACUCUGUUCCAUUCACUUUUCAUUUCAGGGAAUCAAUUCUGAAAUGGAAAAAUUUUGAAAUAAUGUGUCACUUUUGUAUGAGUUGAAUAUCACUUUGCUGAAUUGAGGUUUUUAAUUCACCCCUAUCCUAAAACAUCUAAAUAAAUUACCUCUUGUUCCAGGUGAGGGCGAAUGAGUCGGUGCAGGGCAACGACCUGCAAAGCAUACUGGGAUUCCUGUCCAACCCUAAGCGCUUCAACGUGGCCAUCACGCGGCCCAAAGCCCUGCUCAUCAUCGUGGGCAACCCGCACGUCCUCGUCAAGGACCCAUGCUUCAACGCUUUCCUCCAGUACUGUUUUGAGAACGGGGCCUACCUGGGCUGUGACCCCCCAACCUGUCUCAGGGCUGCACACCGGUGUGUUUAUUGUAUUAUGUACCACACACACACCAUAUCAUUUGAGUAAAAGCAAGACGCUUUAAUUUGUCAGUAAUAACACACAUUCAUCUCUUACUUUCUACUCAGAGCGGCCAGUGAGAAAGAGGAGUGAGAGUUCACCGCCCCCAACCACUGCCCAGCUGUUCAACAGUCCAAUACUACCAGUACUAUUAUGUUCAAAUAGAAGUUUCUUCUUUCAUUCUUUACAUUACGAUGACGUAGCUCUCUACAUUUGUUCUUCUACACAGUCGGCUGCCUAUGUCUUAAUCGAUAAAUGGAGAAUUGGUUUGUAAAGAUGUCUUUCUUAAAAGAGCAUGCACUCAAUUUCUUAACUGCUGUAUGAGCAAAGUUUAGUUGCAGUUAUCAUGCAGUCCACUGGGUGGUAGUAAUAAAUAUGAUGACACAAACCUUUGGUGUUGAUUUUUCUUAUUGGGUUAUUGUACUUGUAUUGAUGAUCAGUGUUGUAGUGAUGAUGUAUUAUACCUGUAUGUGUGCAUAAGACGCAUACGGGUAUAAUAUAUAAGGACUGGUGCCAGUGACUACCUGUGAGUAACCUAUCAACAAUUAGAGAGGGACUGGGACAGCACCAUGGCAUCUGAGUCCCACAUCAAAGAGCUCCUCAUGUAGAAGGGGGGUUUGAGUGAGGCUCCUUGGCAGUGCAGCACACUCAAAUAAAACGGAUUGAGCCCCCCACCCCCCUUCUCUCCAUCUCCCCCUACACUCGCUGGGCUCCACCAGGGCUGACUGUCACUGGAGAUUCAGACUGUCAAUUUCCACAUCCAGUCUCCAUGUGGACCUGUUGGUAGACAGACAGACGCUGCCCGUCUGCCACACAGAGGUGUUUAGACACAGUUACCUGCAGCCCAGUGUAUCCCAUUCCUCACAUAGCUAUAAAAUGUCUGAGAUGCUUAAAAAUAGUAGUCACUCAAUAGAAAGGUUAUGGUUGUCUACAUCCAAUGGUUGGCAUAUCUGCUAGGGCCCUGGGUUUUGCGCAAUCAUGUGACAUGCUUGGAUUUUUAACCUUUUUAUUUAAAGCUUUUUCAUCAAACUGCCCCUUUUUCAAGUCUGGUAGUCCACCAUCCUCAGACAAUUGCUUUCAUUUUUGGUGUAAUUCUUAUUUCUGGAUAAGCCUUAAAAAACAGGAUAAAAUCUUGCUAUGUCACAUGAUUGCGGUUCCCACGGGGGGCCAGUAUAAAAAAAAUAUGUAUUCACUAACUGUAAGUCGCUCUGGAUAAGAGCGUCUGCUAAAUGACUUAAAUGUAAAUUGCGCAAAACACAGGGCCCUAGCCUAUGCUAAGUCAACUCUCUCCUUCACUGUCAGAUUAUGCUGUGUUGACUACUUGCAAGUAUCCUAGUUAAGAGCAUUGGGUCAGUAACCGAAAGGUUGCUGGUUCGACUCCCCGAGCCCACUAGGUAAAACAUCUGUCUGUGCCCUUGAGCAAGGCACUUAACCCUAAUUGCUCCUGUAAAUCGCUCUGGAUUAGAGCGUCUGCUAAAUGACUAAAAUGAAGAGCAAAGAUGUACAAAAAGACAUUUCAGUUCCUUACUCCCACAGUUUAGGAAUGUUGUAUGGUAGGGGCAACAUGACUGACUACUCUCAUGAUAGCCAAGCUAACAGACCUACAAUGAUCUACAGCUCCAAAUACUAUUAAUUAGUAUCUAAAUAUAAACAAUGGAGUCUUAAGCGAGAACUUGCUGACGUGGACGGGUUUAAUUGUAGAGAAGUGGUUGGUAGUGUACAGAGCUCUCUCUGCUAUUGCGGUACUGAUUCAAUGACCAGUUUGUCUGGACCCCUAUUGUACACUGAAACCAGGUGUUAACACACUACAAUUAUGGUAUAGGUAGAUGCACCUAGAGUACGAUGACCAUAAACACAAAGACUAGUACGCUAGCUAGUCCGACUGGUUUUACAGUGAACGUACUGUAUCAGUGUGGGUGUGCUGCUCCUGUGCAUCUCCACUAGACUUUGAUAGACGGGUGCCCAACAGAACAGUAGUCUCCAUUAUUAGCAGGCAGCUUAGGGCAGGCCACACAUUACCUACACAAACACAGCGUCUACAGAUGGGCAGGGUAGCUGUUAGGAAGAAAAACAGCUCCCUGCCGGGAUAAUGGCAGAGGGAGCUUGUUAAACGUGUGGCCCCAUUGUUCUGACAAAUUGGUCUGUGGCUCUAAUUGCCCCUCAGUAGCGCUCCUCGUCUGAACCCAGGGCCCCGGCUCAGAUCAGACUGGGGCAAGCAGUAA